AUGCGGCGCGAACGAGGGCUUCUGCCUGUCUUCACUGCGUCCGCGUCCGCACCGGCUGCCGCCGCCGCCGUGCCGCUUUCCGCGCCCUCGCCCGCGUUUGUCUCUGCUUACGCGUCUUUCUCCGCCUUUGCACUCCGUCGCCCGCGACCGCGCGCGGCUUCCUCGCGCCUCUGCGGCGCCGGGAAAGGACGCGCGCAGCAGAAAAAAGGUCCUACGCGGGCAGGCCCCAGUGGGGCCGCGAAGGUCGCGAAGAAGGCUCCGCAGGUCCUGGGCAGAGCCGCCGAAAAGAGGGAGGCUAGGCGGAAGCAGAAGGAGCAAGAGGAGAAAAGAAAGCCAAAGAAACAUGUCGCCAAGAAACACCCCGAAGACGACAUGUUCAGCGAGCUGACCAAGGAGGACCUCGUCACCCGAGACCUUCCUCAUGGGCUCAUUCCGCCGCUGCAGUGGGAGCUGUACAAAAUGUUUGGGCGUGUCGGCGACCCCAGGUGGCCCUACACCGCGGAGUCUGCGACGUGCAAAAUCUUUAUCGAGAGGCUCUUCAAGGGAUACGGACUGAGGCCCAGCAUCAACGAAGACGAAUUUCGCAAGCGCCUCGAGCGCGAGUGGUUUUUCCUCGCGCCUGCGGGCGACUGCGCAGAGUUCCUCCACUUCGACGAGCUCUCCCGAAAGUGCUGGCUUCUCGUUCGCGGUUUGAAAAUUCGCGAGGAAGAAGAGGAACUUCGGCGCCGCCGGGCGAUUGAGACCGGCGCAAAGCCUGAGAAUCCUCGCCUGCGCAAGUUCUCGCUGUUGCCCAGCGAAGACAUUCCGCGGCUGACGCUUCACCGCAGAGUGAAUAAAGAGAUCAACCAGCAAGGCGUCCACCCUGCCGUUCUCGACAUCUUGUGGGAGUUUUUCUCCGAAGGGAAACCAGACUUGACGCGCGAGCAGGCCCGCGCGCGCUUCGAGACGCUCGCGGGUGGGCUGCCGACGGAGGAGACUCCGGAGGACGACGGAGAGGCAGAGGAGACAGAAGAGGAGGCGCAGGAGACCGCGGAGACCGCCGAGGGCGAGGCGACCGAGCGCGACCCGCUGGAUAUGUAUCUCGAGUCGCUGUUGAGGAAGCGGAGGGAGAAGGAGCGGCGCCGCCUGCUGCGCCCGCUGACGGCCAGCCGCUUUCUUGAGGUCUUCCAAGACAAAGUCGAGGCCGCGAUGGAAAACUACGACGAGGCGAAGUACUGGGACUAUCACAGAGAAGUCGUCGCCUCGAGAGCGGCGCUCGCUGAAGCCUUUGCCCACAACGCAGCGUACAGACAGCAGCGGAGACGCUUCUGUCGAGCCUCAAAUCUGCUCUUCAGCGACAUCUGGCGCUCGGUGCUGCACGCGAGGAAUCGCGACGAAGUCGAGGAAGUCGCGCGUCCGACGGACGAAUCGAGUGUGUGGCAACUUGCGAAAACCCAGACGCGAGAGAAAAGGAACAGGAGUCCGACCUUUUCCCUCGAAGACAAACGCCUCAAGAAACUUGCGAAAGGCCUCCGCCAUCCGUGGACGCCUUUCGGCUGA